CUGAAUUUUCAUGAAGCGAGAAUCGCAAGAAGCACAAGGGCAUUCUGGAGAGUCGAAGAAGAGAGAGACCGAGGGCUAGGGCUUGGGUACGGACUGAUCUCCGCCGUUGAAUCGAAAUACCGAUGGACGUGAUUAAGACGCAGCAGAUAUCAUCCAGACCGAUCGAGAAGGUCAUAGUCCAUCCUCUGGUGCUUCUCAGCAUCGUCGACAACUACAACCGAGUCGCCAAAGACACUCGAAAACGAGUCAUCGGAGUUCUACUCGGUAGUUCUUUCAAAGGAACUGUUGAUGUCACUAACAGUUACGCAGUGCCCUUUGAAGAAGAUGACAAGGACCCAAGCAUAUGGUUUCUUGACCACAACUAUCAUGAAUCAAUGUUUUCCAUGUUCAAGAGAAUAAAUGCCAAGGAGCACGUGGUUGGAUGGUACAGCACAGGACCAAAACUGCGGGAGAAUGACCUAGAUAUUCACGGACUGUUCCAUGACUAUGUUCCCAAUCCUGUCUUAGUCAUUAUUGAUGUCCAACCAAAGGAGCUAGGAAUUCCCACCAAGGCUUAUUAUGCUGUUGAGGAAGUGAAAGAGAAUGCUACCCAGAAAAGCCAGAAGGUUUUUGUCCAUGUCCCAUCUGAAAUUGCUGCUCAUGAAGUUGAGGAAAUUGGAGUUGAGCACUUGCUUAGGGAUGUGAAGGAUACGACCAUUAGCACUCUUGCAACAGAGGUCACUGGAAAACUAGCAGCCUUGAAGGGUUUGGAUGCACGACUGAGAGAAAUACGUGGUUAUCUUGAUCUUGUGGUUGAUGGAAAGCUUCCUCUAAAUCAUGAGAUUCUUUACCAUCUCCAGGAUGUUUUCAACUUGCUUCCAAAUCUCAAUGUUGCUGAGUUAAUCAAGGCAUUUGCAGUGAAAACAAAUGAUAUGAUGUUGGUUAUUUAUCUUUCAUCUCUCAUCCGAAGUGUUAUAGCUCUCCACAACUUGAUCAAUAACAAGAUGCUUAACAAAGAGCAUGAGAAAGCUGAGGAUGCAAAGCCAGCAGCCGUCCCGGCCGUUGCUGGAAGCUGAACAUGGACUUUUUUAUUGGUCUCUGGAGUUUUAGCCAUGAUAGAGCUCAGGCUUUUGGGGGAGGGAACCAGUUAAAUUCAACUGUUGAAGGUUCUCAUUCUUGAGAAUAUUGUGUUCUCCACGACAGAGAUAACAGAGCUCUGAACUUGAGAUUCAUCGUCCUAGUUGAUUUAUUAUAUGAUGUUGUUGAUACUGUAUUUUACUUAUCAUUUGAUAUCAUCUCAGGUAGCCAUUAGGUAUAGAAUACGUUGCUUUUCAAUCCGACAUCAAAACCCAGCCAGCUUGCUGAUUUGGUCCAUUUAUGAAAAAUUUUCAGUUGUCAUUUGAAGUUGAUGAGUAUGGAUGAGGAAACUUCUUAACAUUAUCCUA